GCAAUCUGUCCACAGUACUUGCAGCCCUCCACCAAACUCGCCGCUGGCUUCUCACCUUCGGGAGCUCCGCCGUCACAUCGAGCAUUUCGCGUCCGUGCUUGUGGAUUUUCUUUUUGUUUGGUUGUUUUCGUGGUCAAAGAAGAUUCUUAUGUUGGCCUGUUCCUCGUAUGUGCGCCCUAGUAAAAAGAAGGAAGCAAGGAAUCAAGGAAGAUUAACAUAAAACAAGAAAAGAAAGGGCAUUCUUUAGGAGAAAGUAAAUAUGGAUAAAGAUCCCAACUCUGAGACAGCUGCGAAUGACUACCGGGAUCCUGAGCUUCCUGGUCGUGAACAUACUGGUAUUGAAAAUAAUCUUCAGCACAGAAAACAUAGCUCAAACAAAUCAGUUAGGAAAAGGGGAAAGUUGUUGCAAAAUGGGAGAGCAAGAUAUUCACUAAGAUCUUCGCUCAGAGUUCUUCGCUCCAUGUCAAAAUGUAAGGUUAAGAUUUCCUCUGAACCCAGCAAUUCCGCAGUGAGUCCAGUAACCAAGAAGAGAAAGAAGAAAAGGAAAGGAAAGAGUGCUCCAAGCAAUGAAUUUUCACAAAGGAGAAAACACAUAAGUUACUUAUUGAGAAAAAUCAACUUUGAGCAAAGCCUUAUUGAUGCAUAUGUGAAUGAAGGUUGGAAAGGUCUAAGUUUGGAAAAAAUAAGGCCUGAGAAAGAGCUUGAACGAGCCAAAUCUGAAAUUCUACAGUGCAAAUUAAGGAUUCGUGAUGCUUUCCAGCAACUAGAUUCCUUGCUUUCUAUAGGAAGGCUUGAGGAAAAUCUGUUUGAUGAUAAUGGAGAAAUUGACAGUGAGGAUAUGUUCUGUGCAAAAUGUGGUUCUAAGGAUAUAUCUGCUGACAACGAUAUCAUACUGUGUGAUGGCAUUUGCGACAGAGCUUUUCACCAGAAAUGUUUGAGCCCGCCAUUAGCAACUAAUGAAAUUCCUCCUGAAGAUCAAGGAUGGUUAUGUCCUGCAUGUGACUGCAAGGUGGAUUGCCUUGAUUUGUUUAAUGAUUCUCAAGGAACUGAUUUCUCGAUCGAGGACACGUGGGAAAAAAUUUUUCCCGAGGCAACUGCUGUUGCAAAUGGUAAUAACCAAUUUGAUGAUUCUAUCUAUCCAUCAGAAGAUUCAGAAGAUUAUGAUUAUCAACCUGAUCACGUAGAAGGUAAUGCUGAAGAUCAGGAAGAACGGUCAAGUUCUGAUGAAUCAGAUUCUACUUCAUUGUCAGAGGACUUGGGCCAGCCUGUACAGAACAAAAUUGAUUAUCUUGGCCUCCCUUCUGAUGAUUCUGAGGAUGAUGACUAUGAUCCUGAUCAGCCAGAACCUGAUAAGGAUGAAGAUUCAGAUUUGAAUGAAUCAGAUUUUAUGUCUGACUCCGAUGAUUUCUGUGCUGACCUUUGUAAAACUGUGAAUGCCAAUGCAGUUUCGUCCAAUUUAUGUGAUUCUGAGCCACUUGGUGGUUCUGGUCAGUUGAGAGCUACUAUGCAGUUCCCUUUAAACGCUGAGAAUCCACUUGUAGAGGUAGAUGCUGGUCAAGGGACCAAUUAUCCAACAUCAAAGAAGAGGCAGCGGGAGAGUUCAGAUUUUAAGAAGUUGCAUGACGAGGUUGAUGCUGAUGAAUCAUCCAAACCAAGUCAAAAUGAAUCUGAGAAGUCUACAGUGAAGAAAAUUAAGAAAAAUGUUAGUAGAGAAGAACCUUCUAAAUUGCCAGAUGAAAAUGCUCAAUCUAGUAGUAAUCAGCGAGGCUCCAGAGUUAAACACAUUGUCAAGAAGGGUAACACACAAGAUAUUUCAAAAUUAGAUCAACAACAACCAUCAAAAGCAAUUUAUGAGAGUACUUCAGACCGAGCACAGGAAAAGAUAAGUAAUAGCCGAAGAGCUUCCAAUGUAUCCAAUGUUUAUGGAACUACAGGAAAGACUUCUCGUAAAGAAACCAUUCAUUCAAGUACUACUCCUGAUCAAGACAAUUCAGUCACAUCUGUCAGAAACAAGAAGUCAAGUAAGCGGAAGAUUGAGAAUACACCUGGACAAAGGAAAACCUUGAAGAGCUCUAACAGAAAGAACACUGGUAGUAAAACCUCUGCUACUCUUGACCAACCGAAGAGCACUGGUUGUAACACCUCUGCUACUCUUGACCAACCGAACAGCUUAAUCAGAACCAGCGGAAAGAAUGUCAAGUCAAGUAAAGCAAAUGCGGACACCCCUGCUACUCUUGAUCAACUGAACAGCUUAAUCAGAUCCAGCAGAACGAAUGCCAAGUCAAGUAAAGCAAAUGCGAACACCGUUGCUACUCUUGACCAACCAAACUGUUUAAUCAGAUCCAGCAGAAAGAAUGCCAAGCAAAUGCUGAUAACACCCCGCCAUUCUUGAGCAAUCAAACACUUCAAUCCAAUCCAGAAGAAAGAACACUAAGUCAAUUGAGUUGAAUUUUAAGGGCACCCUUGCUAAUGGAAGCACACAAGAAGAUCAAGCAAAGUGAAUAAUUGCAAGAAUCAAGUUAGUCAUGAUGAGAGAUCAAUGAAACAGUUGAGGCAGUCCAGUGUUGGUUGAAGAAGAGGAAGAAUAUCAGGUGAAGAAGCUUGCAAGGCCUUCCUGCACUUUCUUUUUCUUAACAUUAAUGUCGUAAGAGGAUUCAUGACGAUCAACUAGUGUUAAGCAAAGCCCAGAAUUUUUGGAGCUCGAGAUUCUCUUCUGAUUGAAUAUUGAUAUCUGAAAAAUGAACCUGCUCAUUCUUUUGCUUUUGUUUGGCGGAUGACUUUUUGUACGUUCGAGGGUUUUUGUAACUGAAGAAGCUUAAGAGAACUCAAAGGGUAAGUACAUGUUACCAAAAUUAGUCAAUUUAGCAUGGCGAUUAUGUUACAAUGCUUCUGAAGAGUGCACAAUUCAUGAAACAUUUUGGCCUGUGCUUCUGUUAUGACUGUUUCUUAUUGAACACCCUGAUUCAAUGAAGAUGAGAUAGGUAAAAUGUUGGAUUCUACGCAAAUGCGGAUAUUGAUUUUCCUGUGUCAAUACUAAAACAGCUCAUUAAGCUCGGUAGUAGCCUUUUUCUC